GUCCCUGAAAAUCACGAAAAGAAAACUUGGAAAAAAUUAUCUAAAAACGCAGCGAGCACCAGAAAUUAUUCAAUUUCUUUGGUCAUUGUCCUGAAAUUUCGUUCCUUCCGAAAGCAAGAAUAAAAAAAAUACUUCGCAGAAGAGGAACAUGAAAAAUAUGAAAAUGGAAUUGUCCAAGUGUCAUACCCAUGACAUUUCGCAGUAAUUUCAUGUCAGCACAAGACACCACUUGGACCUCCACCACUUCCUCCAUACGACGUUCAACUUGACAAUGAAAAUGUUGAUGUCAACUGGAAUUUUGGACAAAAAUCGCCAGUACAGACACCUGACUUCCUCGUAUAUUGGCUGGGACCUUUGAUUUUCACCGAUCGUUGCCGGGAUUCACACGAAUUUCGCAAACGCGAGACGAAUUAUUGAUACGUAGUCGCAUCGUUAUUCGCAUAUUGUACAAAUCAUAUACCAGGUAAGCACGUACAUAGUGCCUCCAUAACACUCUCGAAUUUUCUUUCUUAUUCCAUUUCACGAAGAGGAUCCAACGCGUAAAUGAUCGACAAGACAUUGACACCCGCUGCAAGCGCAGCAAAUACUCCGCUCGAUGAAAAAAAAAAAAAAAGGAACACGUGUACAAACUCAAAUUGACAAGAAAAAAUUCACUUAUGCUCCAUCAAUUUCGCUUUUAACCCGAUACCUUCAUAACACAAUCCGGAAUAUCAAAUCAACUGAAAACGAAAUGAACGAAAAAAUGGAGGAAAAAAUAAUGCCCAGUGAUGCAUAAGCAGUUAAAUUCAAGCCCACGGUUGAAUCGCGUAACACGUAUUUACGGAACCUCUUGGUUGUAAAUAUAUUCUGUCCCUUGGGCUGGUGCGCUUUAAAAUUCAGUCGUUAUCGAGGAGAGAGGUGCAAGUAAAGAGAUGUACCUAUAAGGAAGAGUCAGUCAAGUUCAGGGACUUCCAGUUUCUCAAGCGGGCUGUCCACAUCGCCCUCUUCCUCAGUUAAGUCCCACCGAAGAAACCUUGAGAUAAUAUUGAGGGGAAGGGCAAAGGGACACUAGAAGAGGGGAAAAAAAAAAUCAUGUAUGGAUGAGACAUAGAUAAUUGACGGUGAAAUUGUCAGAAUUUGAUGAAAGUCCUCGAGGAAAAUAAUAUAUCAGAGCAGUCGGAGGAGAGAAAAUUGAUGGGAGAUGGAUGAAAGGGAACUCAGAAGAAAGAUACUUAAAAGAGAUAAAAUGACAGGAAUAAAUUAGGGAUUGGAACGAAGGUGCAGCUGCACAACCAAAAACUCAUUGGCUCGUUUCCUUCUUUUUUUCUUUUCCUGAAACAUGCUCUCAAAAUCCGGGUACUCAUUUCGAUGCACUUAGACUCGAAGAAGAAGGCGUACUACGCUAGAGUGAAACUCCGAAAUAUUCAAGAUUCAAAUCCAGUUUAUCCAAAUGGAUGGUUCGCUAUUCUGGAUAGUCAUGAAUUAAAAAAGGAGGGGGUGAAGCACGUGACUGCGUUAGGCGAAACCUUUGCUGUUUACAGAACGAAAAAUGGGGAUGUUCACAUCCUAGACGCCUACUGUCCGCACCUAGGUGCGAACAUGGCUGAGGGUGGCAAAGUAAUUGGCAACUGCCUCCAGUGUCCCUUCCACGGCUGGAGUUUUCGCCCGACCGGGGAGUGCAACAACGUGCCAUAUUCUGACAGGAUACCAUCUAAUGCCAGAGUUAGAGCGUGGAAAUCUCUCGAAGUUAAUAAUCUCAUUUUUGUGUGGUACCACGCCGAGAAGGAAGACCCACAGUGGUUUCCCCAGCCCAUAACACAACUCGCGAAUAACAGCUACUGGUGCCAGGGAAGAAACGAGUAUAUAAUUAACUCUCAUAUACAGGAAGUUCCUGAGAAUGGGGCAGACUGGGCCCACUUGACGGCUCUCCAUGGACCAGGAAUGUUCCUCGACUCGUAUUUACCGGGAUUAUCUCGACACUCGUGGACUGACACCGAUUGGAAACCUCGCCCUGAUCACCUCCCCCAGGAAACACCUGCACGACCUCACGAAGCUUUCGCAGCGCUGUCUCACACCCUGAUACUCUUCAAUAAAUUCUCACUGAUGCAUCUUCGAAUAAUCGCUGAACAGAUCGGUCCUGGUUACGUGGAACUCACGAUGAACACGGGCUUCGGUAAAAUAUUCAUCAUUCAAACAGUUACACCAGUGGAGCCGUUCCAGAUACGGGUAACUCAUUCAGUCUAUUCUACCCCUUGGAAUGCACUCUUCGGAAAAAUCAUAUUCCUGGGCGAGUGUUUCAUGUUUGAGAGAGAUGUGCACGUUUGGAAUCACAAGGUAUUCCUCAAGAAUCCACUUCUACUCCCGGAGGAAAAGAAAAUAAAAGCUUUCAGGAAGUGGUACAAACAAUUCUAUUCAGCGAAUAGUCCGACGUAUCACUCCAUAAAAUCCCUCGAGUGGUGACUCACUGUGAUAUAAAGUAAAUU